AUGGAAAUUUUUGAAGAGCGUCUGAUGCAGUCGGAGCUACUGUUACAAGCCAAAAAACCAAACGAGAACAAUUCAAAAAUUAUUUCUCGUGUCAACAAGGCUACACAAGAUUACCAGAAAGAGCUAAACAAACAGUAUCGCAAUGUUGAUCAAGGCACCCUGGAGUUUGUGUCAAAGUACAAAAUCAAAGCACCAAAGCAAAAUCAAUAUAGCCAUGACGAAAUUCGAAAGAUCAGAUAUGAGCCCAUUACCACAAACAAAGCAAAAUCAAGCUUUACCAUCUAUUGCGGACCACAAGAAACAGCUGUUGCAAAAAUUACAGUUGCUUACGUGGCCUACUAUCUUGGAAGUGGGUUUGUUGCGAAGUGCCUUGCAUUUGGAAAAAGAUGUGCAGACAGCAAUCUGAAUCAGCCUUCAUUUAUUGUGCCACUUGGAGACAGCAAUUUUGACACUGCUCCAGACUCUUGCCUAUGUAAAUUGGACAAGAAUGGUGCAAGGGUCAAGAUUUUACGGUUCGUUCAAGGCGCUAGUAAUUGUUGCUUGGGGUUUUCGCUUGCAAAUGCUUUGCAUCAUCUGAACUUUCAUGAAGAGGCAUAUUCUCUUUAUCGAUGGUCCCAUGAGUUGAGCGAGCACAAUGCCACUGUUCAAUUCAAAAAGCUUUCCCGUUGGGUGCAGACGUCGGUUAAAGGAGUGACCUGUUUGUCUCUUUUAGAGUCAAGGAAAUUUGACAGGCUGGAUGGAUUGUUGCAAUGCAUCAGUCUUCUUAGAGAACAAGACCUAGUCGUGUUUGUACCACAGGCAAACGAUGGGACAAAGACCCAUGCUGUUACAUUCUGUUGUGGAUUAAUAUUUGAUUCCACACAACAGUAUCCAUUGAGGCUGUCUGAAGAGUCCCUUAAAUUUAUUGCUGGUUUUGCUGGUUUUGCUGGCAUUUGGCGUGCACGGCUGUUUAGCUUUGGCAAGUAG